CGGCAUUGCCAACGAUACAACUGUUGUCUGCUCCCUUGCGAACCGGCAAGUGUUGACUGCUUUCCUUCCUCUUUUGUUUUUGAGUUUCCUGCUCAAAGAAAUAAGUUUAUUUUCUCAUUUUUAAGUUUUGUCCAAUCUUCCCAUUCCUUAACUGCAUGAAGCCAAUUUAACAUGUACGUCAACCUGUGUCAAUAUAUCUAGCAGCACACAGUUAUAACUGACCCGUUGCCAAUCAUGAGCCUACGUUUACAAUGUCAGUGAGAAACGGCUGGCAGACAUUUGUCACAAUAUUUCAGAGUUCUAGGUUGCGACUAGGGAAACCUGAAAUAAAAGCAUCAAAUAUUCAGCAGUUUAGACCCGAGUUCACGCUGAAAGAAAUGUUUACGGCAGCGUGUUAUCAGUUUGUGAAGUCGAUAGGGAAGACGACGCUUCACGCUACACCCAGUCUCGAUGAGAAAGACAAUGUUAAAAUGUUCCAGUUGGUCGUCAAGACAAAGCGAAGAAGUUUUAUCUUCUGGGAGAAGUCUGACUUCAGACCAACAGAGUUUCAGCUUACGGAUGUAAUGAUGGUCCAAAAGCCACUUGGUAUCUCAACCCAGCAGACAGAUCUUGUCUCCGAGUUCAACAGAACAUCCAAAGUAUCGCUGAAAGGCAAAAUCGGCGCCGAGAUUAGCAAGGAAAUUUUAGAUGUUGAGUUGGAAGCUAAGGACACGCUAACACUGGACAUCAAGUUUGGCAAGGUGAAAAAAGUGGAAAUUCGGGAGCAGGAACUAAUUGACAGCCUGACUAACAGGAGCAUCAACAUGGACCACCCCUACAUUCAACAAAUCCGCAGCGAUAAGUCUAAGGUGUUGUGUAUCAUAACGGGAGUUGCAAGCCUACCAGAUGGUGGGACGAUUCACAGGGUCACUGAUGCUGACAUUGAGGCCACCUCUAAAGUAAAAGUCUUCAAGGACAUCUCAGGAAGCACUGGGGCAGAGUACCUUAAAGAUCGGGAUAUUGGCUUGUCUUGUAACACAGCAGUCGCGUAUAAUGUUCAUGAGCUAAACGUGGAGAAAAGAACGGGACAAUUACAGCUGGUGUUGGCACAGGGACAUCAUGGAGGCUUCUGUGAUUGUAUUGGUUACGAUGAAGUAGACGCCCAGGCUGUACCUUCAGGUGCUGUUGAUGUUUCUCAUCCACAAAUACGCCAGCUAGGGAGGAAACAUAUCACAGACAAAGACUUGGAGCAAGUGAGGAAUAUUUUUGCGGGAAUUACAUCAAUGGAUGACAAGACGAGGGCUGAAUUGAACAAGAAGCUAUUUGAGUUGAUGAAAAUACCCAGAGAUCUCGUGCUGCUGUCAGAUCUGGUGGAUGAAACUGAAAAAGGGAAGCAACUCAGUCUUACUUUGAUAGACCUAGCCAACAAGCUUAUCAGCCCACAAGAUGUGUGGCUGUACCUGCUAACAAGGGCUGGCUUCAUUCUUGAUGGUGAGGACUUAAAACCGCCGCACCAGUCAGACCCUGCCUUAGCGAUGUAUGGAGAACUCCUGGACGCUGCCUCCAUGCUAGAUGAUGAAAUGAUGGACAUGGUAUCAACAUUCCCGCCACACUGCGCCCAGCCUAUGCUUACGCUGCUGGCUGAAGGAAUGAAGGGGCGGGAAGUUAAAGACCCUUCAGUAUUGAAAGCAGUUCUAUCAGACCCUACCAGCAUGAAAAUGCUCCUUGACCUAGAGUUCCGACUAGAGAACGAUGUUAUUGAUGCACCCGUCGAAUUGCCGUACACCAUUGACGAAGUGUAUUGGCUGAUUUUUGCAUUGUAUGGCAAAUGAAAAAGUCUGCUUUAAUUGUUUUGACAAGUGUCAAGCUUCAUUUUGUUUUGUUUUGGCGUUGUCAUUCCGUCUGUCCGACUCUCUUUUUACCUUAUCUUGAUGGGGAUUUGUAUGAUAAUGUUCAAACUAUGUCAGAAUGUUCACUUUGAUGAAUACUCGACUCCUUAUGAAAGUGGGUAAAAAACUAGAGUCGUUAUAUUUCAUCCAAUAUUCAUUAAACUUAAUCAGAAUAUUUCCCUUAACUAGACAAGGUCAGAAAAAUUAUGUCCAGAAUCAAAAAUUGGUUUCAAUUAGUCAGACUUUGAUAAAACUAUGGUCAGAAUGUUUCCCUUCAUGUGUAAUUUUGGAAGACUUGAAAAGUGGGUCGCAUGAAUCAUGAACUAGGUCAUAAGGUCAAAUCUUAAAGAAAUCUUAGGAACAAACCUAGGCAAUAAAUAUGGCGAUUCUUCAGGAGACUUGAUCAGAAUAUUGGCCACGAUAAAAUGUUUGGAUCGGUUUGAAACUAGGUUACAUUCAAAAACUAGGUCACAAGUUCAAAUCUUAAUUAAAACCAUUUGAACAGUCUAGAAGUUAUAUUUUUGCAAUAUUUCUUGUCCAAUAUUCAUCAAACUUAAUCAGAAUGUUUGCCUUGAUGAUUUUUUUAUAAGGUACUAGGUCAAGUUUAAAUACUACACUAUAUACAAUAUUAUUUCAUUUCAAAUAGUUGUAAAGAACCUCAUUCAUCACAUCAGCAGUCUUGCAUGUUUUGGUUGGAAUAUUUCAUCAACAUGUUCCAUGCAAUCUACUUUGCCUAAUAUGAGGGUGGAUGUCAACGAAUUUGCUUGUUUUUUGUUAUUGCACUUUACUUGAAGUCUAAUUGUCACUUUUUAUGGCACGAAGCAGUAUUGGUCUCAUGAUUUUUGUAUUUGUAUUUUUGAAUGCAUGAUAUGAAUUUGUAUCAUUGUUUGCAAGUUUUUAGCUCGACUAUUCGAAGAAUAAGGAGAGCUAUACUACUCACCCAAGCGUUGGCGUCGGCGUCUGCGCCUUGGUUAAGGUUUUGCGUGCAAGCACACAUAGGAAUAUCUCAGCAACUACGAGAGGUAUUGCAUUGAGACUUGAUACAAUGGUACUCAACCAUCCAACCUACUCAAUUAACCAAGUUAGAUAACUCUAGUUUGCAUUUAAUUAAAAUAAUAGGCCUUUAUUAUUUGACUUCGAAAUUCUGGUUAAGGUUUUGUGUUCAAGCACACGUAGGUUAAUAUCUCAGCAACUACUUGAGGUAUUGCAUUGAGACGUGAUACAAUGGUACUCAACCAUCCAACCUACUUAAUUAACCAAGUUAGAUAACACUAGUUUGCAUUUAAUGCAAAUAAUUGCCCUUUAUUAUUCGACUCAGAAAUUCUGGUUAAGAUUUUGCAUGUAAGCACACAUAGGUUAAUAUCUCGGCAACUACUGGAUGGAAUUGCAUUGAGACUUUAUAAAAUGGUACUCAACCAUCCAAUCUAAUUAAAUAACCAAGUAAGAUAACUCUAGUUUGCAUUAAAUUAAAAUAAUGGCCCCUUUUUUAUUCAACAUAGAAAUUCUGGUUAAGGUUUUGCAUGUAACCACUUUUAAGUCAAUGCUUCAGCGAAUACAUCAUGUAUUGCAUUGAAACUUUACUCACAUGCUCCCAACCAUUUAACCUUUUUAUUUAAUCAAGUAAGAUAACUCUUAUCUUUCAUAUUAUAUCAUUUUUGCCCCUUUAUUAUGCAACUUAGAAAUUCUGGUUAAGGUCUUGCAUGUUAGCACACAUAGGAUAAUAUCUCAGCAACUACUUGAUGUAUUGCAUUGAAACUUUAUACAAUGGUAUUCAACCACCCAACCUAAUUGAAUAAUCAAGUUAGAUAACUGUGUUUUGCAAAUAAUGGCCCUUUAUUAUUACACUUAAAAAUUCUGGUUAAAAUUUUUCAUGUAAGCAGAUUUUUGUUAAUAUCUCCGCACAUCAUGUAUUGCAUUGAAAUCUAAUCUAACAGUGAUCCAUGCAUGUUUCGCCAAAACUUUUCAAUCCUUACACUGAAAAGCGCGCUGUCUCUGUGACAGCUCUUGCUUUUAAAUAAAGUAUUUUACUGUAAAUACGCAUAAUAAACACUUGAGCAAAUAUUGAUAAACAUUGUUAAUUUGUUUGCUUGUGAUAAUUUGAAAAUGUGUAUUUUUUAACUCCUUGAUUGUUGUGGUAUAUAUUGAAUAUUUAUAUGACUUUCAAUUAUACAUGCCAUUAUUUCUGGAAUGCAUAAAACCACCUUUGUUCUGUACUGUAAAAGGUUAUAAGUUGCAUCAAGAUAUUUUGGGUCUUUUUGGUUCAAAUCAUAUCUAUUCACAUUUGUACCAUGUUGAAGAGACCUGGACUGUGCCCAGGUUUGUCUGGGGAAUUCACCACUUCAUCGAUAGCUGUAGUUUGAAUGUUGAUUUAAUACAAAUCUGAAAUCAUUUUUGUCUGUUCAUUGUGUGUUUUGAUUUUAAUUUGUACUUCUGUACGUCUCAAACUGGUAUACAUUUUCAACCAUUUUGAAUCGUUGAAUCGUUGAAAAUAGUUAACCAUAUUCAUUUAUUUAAAUGAAAUUAAUUUUAGUGAGAAUAUAUAUCUUUGUAUGUAUUAUACUCAAUGCUUUACGGAAAAGUAUUUGUAUUUCAUUUAUGUAAUUUAUAAUUUGAUGAGAGAGUUCUGGAACAAACUAGAGUUUAUUGUUAUGCUUGAAACAUUUUGUACAUUUUCACGUUACUUCUUGCAAAUAUUUUGGUUUUUUAUUGCAAACUAGUGUUUAUUUUUAAUGUGCUGUUUUGCUUUAUAAUACUUUUAUACUUUUUGUACAUGUACACACUAGUUGGUGCUGUAUCAUGUUGUUUUUUUCUCAUGUACUUAUUCUUGUUGUAUGUCAUAUUAAUCUGAAAUGACAUCGCCAUACCAUCCAACAUUUGCCAAAACAGAUUGCCCUAAAAGUGCAAUUUAUUCUACCUUUGGCCUUUUCCCAAAACUCAUUGAUCAUAAAUUGCCAUACCAUGUGCCAUUGGCUAAACAGAUUGGCUGCAUGUACUUCAUACUUUGUAUUAGCUACAGUUGGAAAGGUUGUAAUGAUAUUUGGACAAGGUAGAUACACUUUGUGUUAGUAAUUCUACUAUGUUAACUAUACACAUUUGCCAUAAUUUGAAUGCAAUAAAUUAGUAGAAGUCUUUAAUUAUACCCCCCAAAACAAAGUUUGGGGGGGGUAUACUGGAAUCGGGUUGUCCGUCUGUCCGUCUGUCUGUCCGUCUGUCCGUCCGUUUUUUUUUUGUCCGGGAUUCAUCUUUGUCGUUAUUGAACAAAUCUUUUUCAAACUUUCAGAUAUUAAUGGCCAUGAUGUAAACUUGCGCCUCUGUGAAAUUGGUACGGGUCACAUGACCCUGACCAGAGUUAUCUCCCCUUGAUGUGUUAAAGUAGGCAAAAUAAGCCCUGUCCGGGAUUCAUUUUUGAUAUUAUUCAACAAAUCUUUUUCAAACUUUCAGAAAUUAAUGGCCAUGAUGUAAACUUGCGCCUCUGUGAAAUUGGUACAGGUCACAUGACCCUGACUGGAGUUAUCUCCCCUUGAUGUGUUAAAGUAGGCAAAAUAAGCCCUGUCCGGGAUUCAUCUUUGUUAUUAUUCAACAAAUCUUUAUCAAACUUUCAGAAAUUAAUGGCCAUGUUGUAAACUUUCGCCUCUGUGAAUUUGGUACAGGUCACAUGACCCUGACUGGAGUUAUCUCCCCUUGAUGUGUUAAAGUAGGCAAAAUAAGCCCUGUCCGGGAUUCAUCUUUGUUAUUAUUCAACAAAUCUUUAUCAAACUUUCAGAAAUUAAUGGCCAUGUUGUAAACUUUCGCCUCUGUGAAUUUGGUACAGGUCACAUGACCCUGACUGGAGUUAUCUCCCCUUGUAGGCAAAA